AGUAAAACUUUACAACUAGUAGUAAAAGGUGUUUUGUCGUUUAGUUUUUGACUUGGAAAAAAUAAUAAAAACAUAACAACGCUUGUUUUGGCCCAUUAUAAAAUAGUACGUGCAAUAUCUUAGGUUCCUAACUUGAUUUUACUUGUUUUGACCGCAUUUCGCUUCAGUCAAGCAGCACUGAAUGUGAACCCAAAAAUUUUAAUGCUGUUUUAUUUAUUGUGCUAAAAAAUGACGUUAUUGCUCUGCCGAAUGAACUUCAUUGCCCUUUUUAUUCUUCCAUUGAUUGGAGAGAGUUUUUCCGAACUCUUUACUGCUGUAGUCGAUUUAGAAAAGCUGCUGCAUACUGAGGGUGUAGUGGUAAAAACAAUUGAAAGAUAUAUAGAAUUGGAAGAGAAAAGAUUACAGCAAGUGCGAAAAUUAAAAGAUGAAUAUGGGAGAUUGCACAAAGUUGCCACAGCAGAUUCACAAUCAUUUUUGGAAAAUCCAAUCAAUGCAUUUUUACUCGUGAAGAGGCUCAGCUCUGAUUGGAAAGUUGCUGAAACUUUGAUGUUAAAAAGCGAUGGAAAGGAAUUGAUUGAAAACAUCACUCAGUCAAGAGAAGAUCUGAAAUUUCCUGAAGAAGAGGAUCUCACGGGGGCUGCAGAAGCUCUGUUGCGACUGCAAGACACAUACAAGCUGGAUACAUCCAGUCUGGCUCGUGGACAGAUAUCUGGAACAAAGCAAUCGCAUGAACUGACAGCCAAUGACUGUUUUGAAUUGGGUCGACAGUCUUACAACAAUGCUGAUCACUACCACACAAUUUUAUGGAUGCAGGAAGCCUUGGACAGAGUAGAUGAAGAAACCAAUAAGACUGUUAGCAAAGCAGAAAUCUUAGAAUAUCUUGCAUUUUCUACUUAUAUGCAAGGAAAUACAAGACAUGCACUGAAACUAACAAUAGACUUGCUAGAACUUGUCCCUGAUCAUCCCCGAGCCCUGGGAAAUAAAGUGUACUACGAAGAUGCCAUACGCAAUGCUGCUCACAUGAAGCGAGGAGAUGAUGGUGACACCCCUCUGGACGGUGAUUCAAACUAUUCUGAAUCUUCAACCACAGAGAGUGAUGUUUCAGAGAGGGAGCAGUAUGAGAAGCUCUGCAGAUCAGAGAUAAUUACAAAUUUUGCUGAAAGUAAAGACCUGAAAUGCGAGUACUUUACGAAUGGGAAUCCUUAUUAUAUUCUCCAUCCCGUCAAAAAGGAAGAAGUGUUUAAGGCACCAAAAAUAAUGCUGUUUCAUGACGUCAUUUCUGAUAAAGAAAUUGAAACUAUAAAACAGCUAGCACAACCCCGGUUAAAAAGGGCUACAGUACAAAAUUACAAGUCUGGGAAAUUGGAAUUUGCCAGUUACAGAAUAAGCAAAAGUGCCUGGUUGAAAAAUGAAGACAGUUCAGUAGUUUCCAAAUUGUCAAAGAGAGUUCAAGAUAUAACUGGACUUACAGUUUCAACAGCAGAAGAACUCCAAGUGGUGAACUAUGGCAUUGGUGGCCAUUAUGAACCUCAUUUUGACUUUGCAAGGAGAGAAGAAAAGAAUGCAUUUCAGAGUCUUGGAACAGGAAACAGAAUUGCUACUUGGUUGCUUUAUAUGAGCGAUGUUGAUGCAGGAGGUGCUACAGUAUUCCCUCAAAUUGGUGUGACUUUACAACCCAAGAAGGGAACAGCGGCCUUUUGGUACAACCUUCACAGAAAUGGAGAAGGUGAUAUGCUAACAAGACAUGCUGCAUGCCCUGUGUUAGCUGGAUCAAAAUGGGUUUCAAACAAAUGGCUCCAUGAAAGGGGACAAGAAUUUCUAAGGCCUUGUGGAUUACAGGAAAAUGACUAAAAUUUUCCUUUUAAAGCAGCAAAAUAGGAACAAAACAUAACUAUUUUUUUAUUGACUGUUUUGAUCAAUCCUUUUUACUUUGUUAAUUAUAAAGUGUGCGUUUAUUUACCGAGAUUUUAAAAGUUGUUUAAUUUUUAGCUUAUUCGAAUAAUGAAUGAGCAGUAUUGUUUUCACUGAGUGCCAAUUAUGUAAUGUUUAUUUUUGUGCCAAUGUUGUGUUUAUUGAAAAUUUUAAUUAAUAUGUUCCUAGAGCUAAAAUUUGCUUAGAGCUUUUUACAGUGAAGGAUUAGUGAA